AUGUUAAAAAGCAAGAUUCCUCCUAAAUUGAAAGAUCCGGGCAGCUUUACAAUUCCAUGUUCAAUUGGUGGAAGAGAUGUGGGAAGAGCUCUAUGUGACUUAGGUGCUAGUAUUAUUCUAAUGCCUAUGUCAAUUUUCAAAAAGCUAGGCAUUGGGGAAGCUCGACCAACCACAGUUACUUUGCAAUUGGCGGACCGUUCUAUGGCUCAUCCGGAAGGAAAAAUUGAAGAUGUUCUAGUGCAAGUUGACAAGUUCAUCUUUCUGGCCGACUUCAUUAUUCUUGAUUAUGAAGCGGAUAGAGAUGUACCAAUCAUUUUGGGGAGGCCGUUUCUUGCUACCCGGAGGACUUUGAUUGAUGUGCAAAAUGGAGAACUUACCAUGAGGGUGAAUGAUCAACAAGUGACCUUUAGUGUUUUCAAAGCCAUGAAGUUUCCGGAUGACAUCGAAGAAUGCUCUAGAUUGAGUAUGAUGAAGAAUUUAGCAAAGAGGAGGAGUCCCAAGUCACAUGGGUAG